CUCUAUUUUCUAUUAAGAAAACGAAUGAAAUAGGGGUUAUUUUAACAAGCGAUAAACUAACCUCCGGACUCGUAACCUAAUCACCGCCUCCGCCUUUACCUUCGGUGGCUCAGCCACGGAUCUCUCCGUCACGCUCGUGACGACAUACUCCAUAACUCUACCUUCUUCUUUCUCUUCUCUGUCAUGGCGGAUCUCCCAGAAGAUCCGGUGUCAUCUCCGACUUUUAAAGCCUCACCUGAGCUUCUCCACCUGUGUAAAAUGGACUCUCUAAUGCCUUCAUCCAGCAGGAGCUUUCAAUACACAACGGAGUUUCCUUCUUCGUCAUCAAUUUCAUCGAUUCUGUUUGGAGAAGAUGCCUUAACUGUUCAAGAUCCCCUUCGCCAGCAACCUCCAUCCUCUACGACAAAUGAAACAACUAGGACUCCUCCAUCUCCAAAGUCGAUCUCAAAGGUUUUAUUUGGAAAUGAGACACUCGAUGUCGUAGGAUUGUCACGCCAAGUCUCUCAACCUCAUCUAGGAGCUUGGGCAUCUCCGCUUAAGUUCUCAGAUAACUUUAAUGCCGCUACCGGUAAACAGAUACAAAAGGAUAACCUUAAUGGCUUCUCGAAACAGCCUGUGUUUGAAGAAUGGCCGGCUCUGACUGCUAAUCUUCCCACCAUCUCUCGUAAGCAAAGAGCUCGCAUCUUUUCCUCUCAAGCUGCAAAUUCCUCGGCUCCAUCUUCUGCAGUAGGUGAUGAUCUUCAUGCUAUCUCAAGCGAGUAUCCAUGGGCAGCGAAGAUGCGAUCCAAAUGCAAUCUCCACAGGGUUACCACUCCCACAUACUUGGAAGAUGGAACUCCAAUGGUAUGCAUUCCGCCAUCUGUUCUUCUGAAGGGAUUAGAUCACCAGCGUGAAUUCAUUGUUGGUCAGUUCAAGAACUGUUCAGCACCACCAGGAGGUUUAAUUCAUGGAAUGGCUACCCGAAUUUGGGGUAAAAAGUGUAAGAUUUUCACUAAACAGCUUGGUGAAUCUUCUUAUCUGUUUCAUAUACCCGAUGAGUCGACUAGGAAUUGGGUAAUUUCGCGAGGAAUCUGGUAUGUGGAUGACUGCUUAAUGUUUGUUUCUGCGUGGAAUCCUUCAGAAACGAUCUCACUCCCUGAAAUCAAGACAAUUCCUAUUUGGUUAACUCUUAAGAACAUCCCCUUUCAGCUAUAUUCCAUUGAGGGCAUUGAUUGGAUUGCUUCAGGCAUCGGGGAACCUAUGUUGACUAGCAAGCCUUGGUUAGAUCCAACAUCUAUUGGAGAAGCAAAAAUCUUAGUUGAGGUCAAGCUAGACAGGCCCUUCCCUAAGCGUGUAGCUUUACAGGACAAAGAAGGUACCAUAAGUUUGGUAGACAUCAUUUACUCUUGGCUUCCCUCUAGCUGCACAUCUUGUGGACAGCUGGGACAUAAAGCUAAUCGUUGCUUAGGAGUAAAAGCAACAAAUGUGACAACUGAUCCAAAGAACUCCCAAGUUAUUGUCUCAGAAGUCUUAGCUACAAGUACAGAUGUUGGCGUCCCUUCUACUCAUUCAUCUUUGAAUCAAAAUAAUACAUCAACGGUACCUAUUACUACUUUCUCCACUGUUACUACUACUUAUCUUGCACUUCCACCUUCGUCGGCAAUAGAGCAAGGUCCAACUAAGGUUACAUUUGAGGCUGGAAACUCUAACCAACAGGCUGACAUCACAUCUGCUCAACCUGACCUUCAGUCUUUGACUACGCUUACAAAUAACGAGUCAUCAACAAACACUGCCACCUUCUCUCCUUCAGGUUCAAGUACAGCUGCUGCUCCUUUUGCAUCAGAUGAUGACUUGAUAAAUAGAACUCGAGGAGGAAGACUCAUAAAACCAUCACUUAAAGGUAAAGAGUUUGAAUGGACAGAGGUGGGAGGAAGGGGAAAACGGGGACGAGGUCGUGGUCCUAAACACUAGAACCACCGUCACUGCCUUCAUCAACCUUCUUCAACUAUUAUGCUGUGUGCUUUAUGUAUCUCUAAAUUAGUGUUUUCUUAUUCUUUCACUUCUUUGAAAUCUAAAUUUCUUUGGUCACAAAUGUGAACCAUUUGUAUCAAACUUUUGAAUUUUAAAUAGAAAGUCAUUUUUCA